CGGGAGGGGGAGAGGAGGCGGGAGGGAGGAGGAGAGCCGCAGCCUACACACGCCUUCCAGUCCCUCCACUCAGAGCAGCCCGGAGACCGCUGCCGCCGUUGUCGCUGCUACCACCGCUGCCACCUGAGGAGAACCGCCACCUCCCGUCGCAUCCCUGACGAUUCCUUCCUAGCAUUGGGCUUUUUAUCCACACUGCCACUACCAGUAUUAUUAUUAUUAUCCCAAGAUAAAGCAACUAAAAGAAGAUAUCAGCCAAAAAGAAGCACGUACACAUUUCUGAAUUACUCAAGUGUCUCCUGGAAAGAGGGUCUCCAGUCCCUGAAGGAGCAGCCAAAGGGACGGAGGCAGGGUUGAGGGGGAGGGAGGAGGAGUUGGGGACAUUGCGUGGUGUAAAGUUGUGUGCAGCAGAGACCCGAAGGUGCAGCGCCACAGCCCAGGGGACGGUGGGCUCUGCCCCCUGCGGGGAAAGGCUCUGCCCCCUGCGUCGGGACCCGCCUGCGCACGGGCACCGCGGGGCCUGGGACGACGCCCCCUCUUGCAGCCUGGACUCUUGUCAGUGGACCAGCAGAAGGAGGAGGAAUAUGGAAUCCACAGCGGCCCCCUCCUGCCGUCUGCUCUUCUGCCUCUUGAUCUCCGCAGCCGUCCUCAGACCAGGCCUUGGAUGGUACACUGUAAAUUCAGCCUAUGGAGACACCAUUAUUAUGCCUUGCCGACUCGAUGUACCUCAGAACCUCAUGUUUGGCAAAUGGAAAUAUGAGAAGCCUGACGGCUCCCCAGUAUUUAUUGCCUUCAGAUCCUCUACAAAGAAGAGCGUGCAGUAUGACGAUGUGCCAGAAUACAAGGACAGAUUGAGCCUCUCAGAAAACUACACCUUGGCUAUCAGUAAUGCAAGGAUCAGCGACGAAAAGAGAUUUGUGUGCAUGCUGGUGACCGAAGACAACGUGUUUGAGGCACCUACAAUUGUCAGGGUGUUCAAGCAACCAUCAAAACCUGAAAUUGUAAACAAGGCACCAUUUCUUGAGACAGAGCAGCUAAAAAAGUUGGGUGACUGCAUUUCAGAAGACAGCUAUCCAGAUGGCAACAUCACAUGGUACAGAAGCGGCAAAGUGCUGCAACCCCUUGACGGAGCGGUGGUCAUAAUUUUUACAAAGCAAAUGGACCCAGUUACUCAGCUCUAUACUAUGACUUCAUCCCUGGAGUACAAGACAACCAAGGCUGAUGUACAAGUGCCAUUCACUUGCUCAGUGACAUAUUAUGGACCAACUGGACAGAAAACAAUCCAUUCUGAGCAAGCCGUCUUUGAUAUUUACUAUCCUACCGAGCAGGUGACCAUACAAGUGCUCCCACCAAAAACUGCCAUUAAGGAAGGGGACAACAUCACUCUUAAAUGCUUAGGAAAUGGCAACCCUCCUCCUGAGGAGUUUUUCUUUUACUUGCCGGGACAGCUUGAAGGAAUAAGAAGCUCAAACACGUACACAUUGACAGACGUGAGGCGCAAUGCAACAGGAGACUACAAAUGCUCCCUGACAGACAAAAAAAGCAUGAUUGCUUCAACAGCCAUCACAGUUCACUAUUUGGAUUUGUCCUUAAACCCAAGCGGGGAAGUGACCAAGCAGAUUGGUGACACCCUGCCUGUAUCAUGCACUAUAUCUGCCAGCAGGAACGCAACCGUGGUGUGGACCAAGGAUAACAUCAGGCUUCGGUCUAGCCCAUCAUUUUCUAGUCUUCAUUAUCAGGAUGCUGGAAACUAUGUCUGCGAAACCGCCCUGCAAGAGGUUGAAGGACUAAAGAAAAGAGAGUCAUUGACUCUCAUUGUAGAAGGAAAACCACAAAUAAAAAUGACAAAGAAAACUGAUCCCAGUGGAUUGUCUAAAACAAUAAUCUGCCAUGUGGAAGGUUUUCCGAAGCCAGCUAUACAGUGGACAAUUACCGGCAGCGGGAGCGUCAUAAACCAAGCAAAGGAAUCUCCUUAUAUCAAUGGCAGGUAUUAUAGUAAAAUUAUCAUUUCCCCUGAAGAAAAUGUUACAUUAACUUGCACAGCAGAAAACCAGCUGGAGAGAACAGUAAACUCCUUGAAUGUCUCUGCGAUAAGUAUUCCAGAACACGAUGAGGCAGACGAGAUAAGUGAUGAAAACAGAGAAAAGGUGAACGACCAGGCAAAACUGAUUGUGGGAAUUGUCGUUGGUCUUCUCCUCGCCGCCCUGGUUGCUGGUGUCGUCUACUGGCUGUACAUGAAGAAGUCAAAGACUGCAUCAAAACAUGUAAACAAAGAUCUUGGUAAUACAGAGGAAAACAAAAAGUUAGAAGAAAACAAUCACAAAACUGAACCCUAAGAGAGAAACUGUUCCAGUUGUCCAGAGGGAAAAAAACAUAUAGACCAACUGAAGCAUGAACGUGGAUUGUAUUUAAGACAUAAACAGAGACAUUGACAGCGAUUCGUGGUUCAAGUGCUAAGCAGUUCAUUCUACCAAGCUGUCACAGGAUAGUAGAGAAUUAUCUCAAGUAAAACAAUGAAAUGAAAUUACAAACAAUAACAGCAAGUUUUUGGCAGCCAUGAUAAUAGGUCAUCUGUUGUGUUUGAUUCAAUUUUUUUUUUUUUCUGUAAAUGUCUGCACUGAGAAUUUCUUUUUGGUUUGCCUUUUGUGUAAAUUUUUUACGUAGCUAUUUUUAUACACUGUAAGCUUUGUUCUGGGAGUUGCUGUUAAUCAGAUGUAUAAUGUAAUGUUUUUAUUUCAAUUGUUUGUAUGAAUAAUCUGAGCAGGUACACAUCUGAUUCUGAUUGCUAUCAGUAAUGCCCCACACUUUCUCACAAGGACCUGAAACCCAAAGGUGGCAGCUUGUGAAGACUGGGGACACACACAUGGCCCAAUUCAAAAACUGUGAUUUGUAUCACAAAGGUGAGGGAGGCAGAGAGUCAGAUUGAUAAGCACCAUAUGAGCUUAAUCUGUGUCCGUGCCACAAGCUGACUCUCAGAAAUAAUUCACAGACGCUGAUGGACACACAUACAUAAUGAUACUCCCAAACUGACAUUUUCCUUAUUCUGAAAAAGGCAUAAAACAGAAUUUGGGUACUACUUAUCUUUAGAGACACCUGCUAGUCAAUUAUUUUCUGUCCAAAGAAACAAAAGACAGUGUGUAAGAGACAGUUUGGAAAAAUCAUGGAUAACAUUCCCAUUUUCAUAGAUCACAAUGUAAAUCAUUGUAGUUACAAAUUGGUAUUAAAUCCUUUGGGUUAUCCACUGCCUUAAAAUUAUACCUAUUUCCUUUAAAAAAAAAGAUAUCAAUCAGAAUUGGAGUUUUUAACAGUGGUCAUUAUCAAAGCUGUGUUAUUUUCCACAGAAUAUAGAAUAUAUAUUUUUUUCGUGUGUGUUUUUGUUAACUACGCUACAGAUAUUGAAUGCACCUUGAGAUAAUUUAGUGUUUUUAACUGAUACAUAAUUUAUCAAGCAGUACAUGAAAGUGUAAUAAUAAAAUGUCUAUGUAUCUUUAGUUACAUUCAAAUUUGUAACUUUAUAAACAUGUUUUAUGCCUGAGGAAAUUUUUAGGGUGAUAGUAUAAAUGGAAACUUUUUGAAGUAGACUGGAUAUGGGCCAAUACCUUCUUGUGACUAGACUUUUAAACUUUGCUCUUUCAAGCAGAAGCCUGGUUUCUGGGAGAACACUGCACAGCCAUUUCUGUUCCAGGAUAUACAUAAAUAUAUAGAAAAAAUGAACAUCAGAUUUCUAGAUAUAGAACUGUGUUCUGCGAGAGGAAAAUGAAAACUGGUGUUUGUUUUUUAGACUCACAAAAUAAAAAGUUAUGAAGGUAAUAAAAUAAAUUGAAGAUUAAAGUCAGAUAGAGAUUAGAAAUAAUAUUUUGCCACUUCUGCAUUAUUUAGAAGCAUAUGUUAUUGUACAUUUGUAAACCAUUUACUGCCUGGGCAAUAGUGACUCAGUUUAACAAAAGCUUCCUGUAGUGCAUUGGUAAGGGUUUGGAUAUAUAAAAUAUUCUUAGACUCAAUGCUGUAUAAAAUAUUAUGGGAAAAAAGAAAAUAUGUUAUUUUGCCUCUAAACUUUGAUUUAUUGAAGUUUUAUUUGGCAGGAAAAAAUUGAAUCUUGGUCAAUAUUUAAACCAAAGUAAAAGGGGAAAAAAACCAAAGUUAUUUGUUUUGCAUGGCUAAGCCAUUCUGUUAUCUCUGUAAAUACUGUGAUUUCUUUUGUUUUUUUUUCCUCUUUAGAAUUUUGUUAAAGAAAUUCUAAAAUUUUUAAGCACCCUCUUUCCACAAUAAACCAUGAACACUAAAAUUAAAUUACUUCCAUAUACAUAAUAUAUUUUUCUUUUUUUUUUCUGUUGGUGUGGGAGAUCAAAGGUUUAAAGUCUAACUCCUAAGAUAUAUUUGCAAAAUGAAGCAACAUGACAAUAGAGAGGGUUAUACUACAAUUAUUUUUGGCUUCCACUUGCAAUGGUCAACUAAAUCCAAAAACAGCUGUCAGAACCUAGAAAGUAGAACAUGGAAAACUCAGAGCUCUGGACUGGAAGCAGAAAGUUUGCUGGAGAAAAAAGGAACAACGUUUCAUUGAAUCAAUGCCUGGAUAAAGAGGAAAGUUUACUUGUGGAGUGGCAGCCACACCCACAGUGAUACUGGGAAGGAAGAAAACUCAGUCUUCAACUUUUGAGGUUUUGACUCUCCAAUUUGACUCUUUGGCAACAGGAGACAGGUUUUUCCAGUUCAAGGUUCACUCUCUAUAUGUGAUUAUAGGAAUUGUAUGUGGAAAUGGAUUAACAUACCCGUCUAUGCCUAAAAGAUAAUAAAACUGAAAUAUGUCUUCA